UUUGAUAUUGACCACCCUCCUGUAGAAGCAUUGGGUACUGAUUUCAGUUCCACAUUUAUUCACUUGCAAAUAGAACAUCAGCCAAUCUAGUCAGUAAGACAAACAACUCAGAAAUUACCCCAGAAUAAAUUAUGUACUAAGCAAGUCCAUGGUGUGACACUGGAAAAGAGACCUGGCAACUAUUUUUUCUGGCGAGCUGAAGAUGUUUGCAAAACAUGCAACGAUGGGCUGUUUUACUCCCAAAUAUCCUCAACUAGACCAGCAAGUGAAGUGGUUUUCAGGUAGUAUUACAUUUGUAAUCAGAAAUUUGGAGAGUAUAUUUUGCACAGUUAAGUGAGGUCGUUUUUCAGUGUGUGGGAAGCAAAGACUCUGAUUGGUCAGAAAUGCAUUGUUGUCACAAUGAUUUUGUAACAUGCCACAAAAAUGGCACUGCAAUUACACAAUUUACGGUUAUCUCACAUUGACAUUAAGAUUGCUAUUUCAUUUUUAACAGUUACUACUGUGAGUGGAUUGAUGUUUCAGCUUAAAGCCAAAGAACUCUCAGAUGAUCCUUCCUUUAAAGCCUUCUAUGGAUGGUACGAGAAAUGGAAGCGCCACCACUUGGUCAGCAUGCAAACAAAAACAAUUCCUGGCACAAUGAUUGCCUGCGGAUGA